CUGUUGUCUCACGUGGGAGGUCAACGAUAGUGAUUGAAUCCCAAACAACUCCUCACUCCCUCCAUCUGCGCACUACAGCAGUAUUGAAAUAACGGCGUUUCUCUCCUUAUCUAGUGCACUUGGUGUAUCGAAGGACGGUGUUUGGGAUGCGGCCUCUGACUGAGCGACAAGCACCGGGGCAGUGGAGCGGUUUGCUCGGGUUUAAGGCCUCUUCGUCACAGUGCCAUGGCUCCAACUGCCCUCCUCCCGUUUCUAUAUCGUACUAGGACUCUGAGCUCAGCCGCAGCUAGACAUUCCUCCCAAAUCCUUCGAAGGACCAGCGCGGAGUUGCAUCAUGGUCCCGUCUGUGUCCUGUCCCACCGGAGGAACGUGUCCACGGAGGAGGCUUUGAGCCACAGUGUGUCGGAUCUGACGGUCAGAGAGAGGACCGUGCUCGAGCGGCUGUACGACGGGCUGGUCAGGGGUCAGAGGUCAUCUCUGGCUGAGUGUAUAACGCUGGUGGAGACGCAGCAUCCUCGGAAGAAGGAGCUGGCCCAGGUGCUGCUGCAGAGGGUGCUGGCGUACAGGCAAGAGCGCGAAAGGAUCGCAGGAGGGAAACCGGUGGCCUUCAGAGUGGGUUUGUCUGGUCCUCCCGGUGCUGGGAAAUCCUCCUUCAUUGAGGUGCUGGGGAAAAUGCUGACGGGAAAAGGCCACAAUGUCUCGGUAUUGGCCGUGGACCCUUCUUCGUGCACUACUGGAGGCUCGCUGAUGGGGGAUAAGACACGGAUGACCGAGCUCUCACGAGACAUGAACGCUUUCAUCCGGCCAUCACCAUCUUCGGGCACACUCGGCGGGGUCACGAGGACCACCAAUGAGGCCAUAGUCUUGUGUGAGGGAGCAGGUUAUGACAUCGUGCUCGUAGAAACAGUGGGUGUUGGACAGUCUGAGUUUGCUGUGGCUGAUAUGGUGGACCUCUUUGUGUUGCUGAUUCCACCAGCAGGAGGCGACGAGCUACAGGGAAUAAAGAGAGGUAUCAUCGAGAAAGCCGACCUGGUCGUGGUCACGAAGUCAGACGGGGAUUUGGUCGUUCCGGCACGCAGGAUUCAAGCCGAGUACACGAGCGCGUUGAAGCUGCUCCGAAAGAAAUCUAAAACCUGGACACCUAAGGUGGUCCGGGUCUCCUCUCAGACAGGACAGGGUGUGCCCGAGCUCUGGGACAUCAUGCUGCAGUAUCGUGACGCCGUGUUGUCUAGCGGCGAGCUCCAAACCCGCAGGCGUGAGCAGCAGAAGGUCUGGCUGUGGAGCCUGAUCCAGGAAAACGCCCUCCGCCAUUUUCAGGAACAUCCAGAGGUACGGGCGGCGCUUCCCGAGAUGGAGCGCAGGGUGGCACAAGGAGACGUCUCUCCCGGACUGGCAGCCGAUCUCCUGCUGAGGGCCUUCAGGACCACACAGUGAUAGAAAACCCAUUCCGUGAAGAAGCGAUAUGUGAGGAAUGAAUCGUGAUUCUGGUUUCAUAGCUUUGGUAUUUGGGUCGGCGUAAUCACGGUGCAGUUUGCGGUUCUCCCCGCUCUUAUACUGUACAUCUUAAAUCUGAAAUCAUGAAGCAGUGGUGGACAGGUCAUAAAAGUGGUAAAAGUGCGCUGCCUAGUCCCAUGUUUUUGCCCCGAAACCUAACUGACAAGGUUUUUAAAAAAAAAAACAAAAAACAAAAAAAACAAGUGGUAGCUAAUAUACCAAAUGCAAAAUUUAGUUAGUUAGUUAAGUGCACACACAUUAGUAUGUAAAUUCUUGCAUACUGUCGAUAGGAGACGACUCGGUCACAGUGAUCCUUUUCCUAACGUAGCGUCUUGUUUGCGCCUCGUCAUUGGCUGACGCUUUCACAGUGCACGUGAAAGUUAUUCAUUCAAGUAUGAAUACGAUCUUUAUGUUCUCUCGACAUUCUUUAAUGUGUGGGGGGCGGUUUUUUGCCAGCAGGAGAAUUACAGUACAUGACAGAUUUGCACUUUAUUUUAUUUCCGAUUCUUAUCAAGAUCGUAUGUCACGAUAUAUCAUGCAGGGCUAAUUAAUCCACCUAGUAAAAGCAGAUGUGUGUAGUGCAGCAGGAGGCGGGAUUCAGAACAAGCAGCAUGCGCCAUAGGUGCAGUAUUGUUACGCCAGCGUCUAUAACACCAAAACCUAUAGCGGUGUUUUUUUUUUUUGUUUUUGGUUGUUUUUUUUUUUACUUUCUCUGUUUGUUGCAUGAGGCAAGGUGGGGAAAAAAAAAAAACGCUGAUGACUGCUAGUCUACCGAACCUAUUUGUCCACCAUCCAUCAUACCACUUAUCUUACACAGGGUCACGGGGACACGCUGGACAGGGUCGCAACCCAUCGCAGGGCACAAUUGCACACGUUCACACACCACAAACUAUUUAGAAAUGCCAUUCGGCGUACAACGCAUGGACCGGAGGAGGAAACCGGAGUACCCGGAGAAACCCGGGAUUCGAACCCCCAACCCCGGAGGUGCGAGGCAAACUUUUGAAACUGACACUAAGCUACCGUGUCCUCCACGUGUCCACGAAGUAACUAUUAAUGUCCUGGAUGCUCGGGUUACUGAUUUGUCCACCCUGCCCCGUGUGAUGACUGUGGUGUAGAGCAGGAACACACUUUGCAACUCUGCAGCUUUACAAUGUGUGUAAAAAAAAAUAAAAUAAAUAAAAAAGGAGAUAUUGCUUAGCGAGCUCACUUUUGAUUUGAGAUGCUAACCCAAAAUCCAAAUUCAUAUUUGGAUUCAAAUUCAUUCAACUGAGUGGUUUUUUUUUGUUGUUUUUUUUUUAUUUUUUUUUAAAUGAAGGUUUGUUCCUCCAGUGCUGUAACGGAGGUCACAAUUUGUAUCAUAUUCCUCUCCAAUGUGAAGACAAAACGAAUGAGCCAGAAUGUACUGACGGAGAAGUUUAAUAUUUACCUUCUCUGAAUAUUGCUUAAUAUAUAAUAUACUGUAUCAAACCUUGACACUUGUACAUUAUAUUGGGUUUUAAUGAUUGCUGUAUUUUAAUUACUUGAAGAUGAAAAGGGAUAGAAAUGAAUUCAAUAAUUAGUUAAAACGUACUAUCAUUCGAUCCUCUUUGUCCGGGUUUUAAAUACGCACUAUUCAAACAAACAGCAUGUUGAAUUCAUUAAUAGUCAUUUAUGUUGAGAAGGCUUUUUGUUGUCGUCCCCCCCCCCCCCCCUUUCAUUUUAGUCUCAAGGGGUUCGUCAUAUUUCUUUUCAGCGCUGAAGACCGACUUCUUUUGUAAAGAUGAGUAUAAACAGACAGGUAAAUGACCUUGUGGAGGUUUUUAUUUUAUAUUCCGAUCUACUGCCUUUUAUAUACUGUGUGUGACUGCUGUUGUGAAUAAACAGUAAUCGCUGUAGUUAAUAUUGAAGUACAUUUCCGCUGGAGGUGUGUGUUUGAAACUGACAUCUAGCAUUAAAGGUGCAGUCUGUCAUUUUUACAGCCCUCUACUGCCUGUGAGGUGAAUUGCUGUUUCAAUUAAAACAUCUUGAAGAAUUCUA